GUACUAACGAGAGACGAGCUGCAAAUUAUCAUAUCGAGAAGCCAUGGCUCAGGCGGUACAGAAACUGGUUGCUAAAGUACCAUCUUUGGUUGGGGCCGCGGUGAGCUACUCGAAGCCCCGGUUAUCGACCUUCUGGUACUAUGCCCGUGUGGAGCUGGUGCCACCUUCCCCAGCCGAGAUCUCGAAGGCAGUAGCUGGAGUGUCCGACCUCGCCAAGGCCUUCCAGGCUGGCCGUCUGGGUCAGACCACAGUCCGGGAUGCUCUGAGGAAUGGUCUGGUCGCCACAGAAGUUCUAAUGUGGUUCUACAUUGGCGAGAUCAUUGGAAAAGGAGGCAUUGUGGGAUAUGAUGUAUAAAUGUGGACUGUCUUGUUGCUUAUUACCUAUUUGUCUAAGCCCCUUGUUUCCAGUUUGAACUUCUUGGACUCCAGGAACUAAAUAAAUAUCUAUUGUUCAA